GAGUGAACGAUGACAGAAGCGUUUCAUUUUGCAGAGCCCCUCCCUAAACGCCGUCGUGCUUUGCUUUACAGGUUCCCAACGAGAUGGCCCACCUGCCCGGGUGGCUGCCUGGGUGACGCCGCUUUUUCUCAUGGGCGAGGUCCGUGAUGAGGCAUGGCCCGCAGUGGCGCGCCCGGGGCGCCCAUCGGGCGGGCCGGCGGGUGGCGUCAGACCUUGGUGUUGCUGGAGGAAAAGCAAGGCGCACCCGACCUCUACGCCCAGAGCGCUGCGAUCAGUGCAUGCGAGAAGGGGAAGCAGUGGCAGCAGGCUGUGGCGUUGCUGGGCGGUCUGCAGCUGCGGCGGCUGCAGUGCAACGCCGUGGCUGGCAACGCGGGCGUCAGCGCCUGCCGCGAGCACUGGCCGCAGGCACUGCAGCAGCUUUUGCAUGCUCGGGCGUUGCAGGUGGAUGAGGAUGUGAUCACGCUCAGCACGGUAGCCAGUGCCCAUGAGAAGUGCCUGCAGUGGCGAGCAGCAUUGGGGCUGCUGCCUGGGUUGAAGCGCGGGGGCUUGGAGGCCACAGUCAUUUUGUACAACACCUUGGGCGCAGCAGCUCGCGGGCGCUGGUCAAGCGUGCUUUGCCUUCUGGCAGAGCUGCUGCAUCAGGGCUUGCAGCCCACGGCGGUCUCGCUGAACUCGGCCCUCAGUGCUGACGUUUCCGCCGCAUCCCUCAGCUCGUGGCGCCAGGGCCUCGUACUGCUGCGGUGUCUGACCGGCGUGCGGCGGACGGCGGUGACUUGCGGAGCGGCUGUGGGCGCUGUCGCGGGGGGGUGGCGCUGGGGCGCUCAGGUGCUGGUGGACUUCCGUGUGGCAGGCGUGCCGGGCAGUGCACGGGCCUAUGGGGCGGCCAUUGCGUCAAGCAAGGAAUGGCAGCAGAUUCUGCUCUUGUUGGAGCUGCUGGAUGGAGAGUUUGGUGCCAAUGUCAUCGCCUAUAAUGCAGCCAUCAGCGCCUGCGAGAAGGGCAAGAAAUGGGAGCAGGCGCUGGGCUUGCUGCGAAGGCUCAAAUUGGCAAAGCUGCAGGCGACCAUUGUCAGCUAUGGAGCCGCAAUCAGCGCCUGCGAGAAGGGCAGGCAAUGGAAGCUGGCGCUGCAAUUGCUGGCGGAGCUGGGGGAGGUUCGGCUACAGGGAACCUUAGUGGUCCACAAUGCGGCUCUGAGCGCCUGCGAGAAGUGUCAACAGUGGGAGCGCGCGCUGGUCCUGCUGCACAAGGGCCACCGCAGCACAGUUACCUGCAACGCCGGGAUCAGCGCCUGCCCUUGGCAGCCUGCGCUGGCGCUCUUUGCCCGCUUUGAAGAGGAAAGCCUGCAGCGGACUGCGGUGACCUGCGGCGCCGCCAUCAGCGCCUGCGAGGCCCGGCACUGGCACUUGGCCUUGGCGCUGGCUGCCGCCUGGGUGGGGGAGACCAGCUUGAUUGCCCGCAAUGCUGCCAUCAGCGCCUGCCAGAAGGGUGGCCGAUGGCGGCGCGCCCUACGACUGUUUGGCCUUCUCUCUCACGCAGCCCAGCCCAGUGUGGUGAGCUUCAACGCCGCGGUCAGCGCAGCUGGCGCCCGUGGCGCCAGCUGGCAAAAGGCGCUGCGGCUGCUGGCGGCACUCGAUUCCUCGCUGCGCCCCACUGCCGUGACUGCAUGCGCCGCGGUCGAGGCCUGUGCCGCUGGGGUCCAGUGGCGGUCAGCAUUGCGGCUGCUGCGUUCCCACCGGCCCCACCUUGCCUCCUGUACAGCGGCCGCUGUUGCCUGCGAACGCCACCCCCCACAGCUCCAGCGCCUGGUGGCGGAGCUGGAUGCGCUGCUGAAGCGUUUCUUCCGCGGCCACGUGUUGCCCGAUCGGCCAGCCUUGCUGAACGAGAAGUUCAAGGUCCACACGUACGAUGGUGGUGCUUUUAAAAGCAAGGCGCAAUAUGACAUCAAGAAUUCGCUGGUCCCCAUAGUGGAGCCUUGUCAUUGCUCCGGGAGUGGAACGAAGUUCAAUCUGGUGCUCAAGUGCUCCGAGGAUUUCACGCUGACCCACUUUUAUGUGAGCGGUCCUGGACCUCGAUGUACGGAGCCCAUCAAGAGCGGAUUGGUUUGGGUGCUGGAGCAGGCCCCAGACGUUGAACGGCUGAAAAAGUACGACUCGAUGUGCUCAGAGGAGCUCCUGGAGAUAGUGAAAGGCUUGAGGACCUAUAGCUCCAGCGAGCAGGCUGGCAGCGUGCCAGACCCCUGCCUGUACUUCUCGACAGACCCAACAACCAGAGAGGUUGAGCUGGAGCUGCCCAAAUGGAGAGAGGGCAGAUAUGUAGUGGUAAAAUUUCUGGACACGCACAAGGAUCAGCAAAACAUCGAUGUUGGCAUUGUCGGCAUGAUUGGCUACUUUGGAAGGCAUGCCAAGAGACAAAUCCCCUUGGGGCCGUGGAUGCGGCGUAGCGUCCGCCAGGUCUGGGUGCACCCAAAUGAGCUGAAGAGCAUGUUUUCCUCCAGCGGCUGGGUGUGUGAUGGCCGGGAUUUCACUGGUGGGUGCAGAAGCGGCCAGACAGACUUCCACCAGACCAACGUGUACACGGUGACCUUUCGCUGCACAACCAGCGGCUUCGACCUCUGCGAGAAGUGCGCACAUGACCCCAUGCUGGGCCGCGUCACUGACGAAUCAAUGCAGUCCGAUCUGGAGUCUCUCGCCGACCCGGCUCUCUGCAAGCUUGCGGCCACGCGCUUGCGGAACCUGUGGCGGCGCAAUUGGGUGGAAUCCCUGCCGCGGUAUUUUGCAGCUGGGCUUCUGGACCAGUUGGUGCAGGCGCUAAAAAGCACAGAGACUCAGCGAGAAGAGGAGAGGGCCCUGCAACGCGCAGAGAAUCAGAAACGCCAGGCGAGACGCGCCCUGCUGCAGCUGCUGACAGAGCUGACGCAGAGGCUACUGGGCCUGAGCUGCGACCUGGGACAGGCGUCCAACGACCUGGUGUGGUCUAUCCACGAGUCAGAUGGACAGCAGCAGUGGGAUGAGGGCCGCAUUGUGCAGAUGCCCAAGCAGCCUCUGGAGAGCCUCGGCCGGCCUUUGCCACCUCCACCGGGCCUGAUCAUGACACCAGGUUCGCGAGGAGCAGAGGCGGAGAUGCCAGGUGUGCUGCCUGGGGAGGCUGCGGGCACUCCGGACGAGGAGAGUGAGGUGCCUGAGCCGCCCAGAGAGAAGGAGAAAGAGGGGCACUACUACAUUUCCUGGCGAGAUGGGUCGACUCCAAGUUGGGUGCAUCCACAGCACAUUUGGCGAAUCGCCGAUGAAGAUGUGAUGAUGGCCACGGCCGGACUUUUCCUGGAACUGGCCAAGGGUGCAGAUUGUGAGGUGGCAAAGCUGACCAAGCUGCUUCAGCAGGGAGCUGACCUGCUUGCAGUGAACGGCGAGGGCUGCCCGGCUCUUCUGCUGGCGCUCCGUGCGGAGGCCCCGGCGGAGGCAUUGGCUGUCCUUUUGGAGAACGGAGCCUGCCCAGAUGCUGCCGGCCGUGAGGGGGUGACCUGUUUGGAGUUGCUCCUGCGGAAAGAGCGAGAAGAGAGCGCGCCGGACGAGUGGCUGAGGCAGUGCGGGGAGGUGCUGCGGAAACACCGCGCGACCUUGCAGGCCACCCAGGAAGAGCACGAGGCUCGCAUCAUCGAGCUGCGCAAGACCUUCGGGGUGAAGAUGGUCGGGGCCUUGCUCACUUUGCAGUCGCCCAUUUCCAUGCCCGCGGAGAUCCUGGAAGUGCUGCACCUGCUCUUUCGGCAGCUGCCGCCUGAGGUGAUCAAGGAGUCCUUAGAGCCACAGGCGUAUUGCGCGCUCAACGCGUUGCUGCAACACCUUGUGAUACGCGACCCCGUCACUGGAGCUGUUCUGCGAGCAUCGGGGAAGAAGGAUAGUCGGAACGAGGACCGGGAUGCGAACCCUAUGAACGAUGCCAUCCCGGGAGAGGUCGUGCGAAGAAAUGAGAAGACGCAGAAGACCGGGCCCAGUGCCAAAGCUUUGGCCGAAACUGAUAUCCAAUUGGUCUUGGCCAAAGGCUCGGGAACACGCGAAAAGUGGCUGAAGAAGGCGCUGCAGCAAGUGCAGGAUGGUGAGUUGCCAGCCUCAGAGGUGUACAACAUUCUGAAGGUGCCAGACUUCGCGCAGGACUUGAAGGACAAAACUGGGCGCAGCAUGUACAAGUUCCUGAUAUCCCGAAUUUCGGUCUUCUCCAAAGGGCAGCAGAGAUUCCUUGCCAAGGAGUGCACGCUUGCGCAACUCUUCGGAGGGGAAGGAGGCCAGUCCAUGGGCAGCGAGGGCUCAAAGCAGCAGGACCCGGAGGCGGCAGAAGAGAUGAUGGCCCGGGUCCGUCAGUUCGUGCGGCAGCAGCAGGGCGUGGAGCUGGAUCAGGCGGUGGCCGGUGUGGCCCUCGCGCAGCUGGCGGCGGCUCCUCCGGCAAUGCCGGGGCCACCAGGGUCGCUGCCCAUCCCGAGACAGGACAUGUCUGCGGUGGCGAACAUAAUCGCAAGGGCGUCUUCCACUGCGGUGAACUACCAGGCGGCGCAAGCUGCGUGGCAGCCGGAGGAGCUCGGGCUGCCAGGGCUGCCUGGGCUGCCCGGGCUGCCUGGGCUGCCUGGACUGCCUGGGCUGCCUGGGCUGCUUAGCGGGCCAAGCCCCGAGGCGCCAGAGCCGCAGCGGGAGCCGCGGGAGCGGGAGCCGCGGGAGCGGGAGCCAAGUGCUGAGAUUCUGCUAGGCGCGGUCGCGGAAGAGAGAUUUCAGAGCGGAGUGUCAGGCCGCGUGAUGCGUGCGCUCUACCAGCAGGACGACAGGCUCCGGUACUUGGUGCGGAGAGCCUUGGCAAGAGGUCAUGGAGCGGCGCGCUGGGCUCGUCGCCUGUCCGCCGGCAAAGACGUGGCGCAGUGUGGCAUUUACCGGCAAGCCCACCACGAGAAGGUGACUGUGGAGGAGCUGAGUAAAGAGGCCCAGCUGCUAAAGGAGGAGUUGCGCGAAGGUGAGAGUGACCAGGCGGAGGAAUGGAUGAGCAACCAGAAGCUGGUGGAGGUCGUGGAAGCGUUGCGCACGGCUGGGGAUGAGGCCCCAGGCCGCCUCGCCCCUGCGGAGGGCCUUUUCGCGUUGAGGGAGCUUUUGAAGAAGACAGAGAAGGGCGGCAUCGAAGAUGAGCGAUGCUCUGCCUUUGAGCUGGAGCAGGCGGACAUCCCUGGACACAUGCUUCGGUACCUCAAGGCGCCCGAGGAUGCGCCCUCUCAAGCGCUGAACCCUGACCGCUGGAACCUCUUUCUGGAGGCCUUUGGGGACGUCUCGAAACAGUCGAAGAAGGGCUUGACGCGGUUCAUGAAGGCGUUGCACGCAGUCAUUGAAACUGGCGAAGCGCUUCCUGUCUGGCGCCACAAGAAAGACCGGGGCUUGAAGGCCCUCACUGAGCCGAUCCCGCUGAAGCUUCGGCACAUGGGCCAGCCGCCUGGCCUGAACAUCUCGGUGGCGGCAGAGCCUUUGGUCCAACUGGCUGACCUCGUGCGCUUCCUGGCCAAGGUGACCCCAUGCACAGACGAAGCCUACUUGCAGUUCUGCCAUAAGCUGGUCGGCCAUAGGAUACGGGACCACCUCACGGACAAGGAGUAUGAGGUGCAGUCCUUCGACAUCUUCAGGGGCAUUCCGAUUCCGGUCCACACCGUGACGGCUGGAGAAAGCACAGAGUGCUGGAUCCUGGCGAGCCGCGCCUACUCCGUGCUCUCCUUGGCAGAGGAGGUCCCGCAUUUGGAGCUCAAAGUGGCGUUGAACCAGCUGCAAGCUGUGACCAAAGCAGAGGAGUACUCCACCGCCUUGGAACGGCUGCGUCAGCGCAUCAACGGGGAGCCAGAGGCGCCCAGCGAGCGGUCGGAAGAGUACUGGCCUCGGUUCGAGCAGGCCUUGGCCAAGGCGGCCAGCGUGGGGCCAGAGGCCCUGGCGCUGCUGGAGCCCAGCGUCAGCACCCAGGCUGCAGCGGCAGCCGAGGACCCUGAGGCCUCAGAUUCCGUCGACCCGUCCAUGAGAGUCCAUACCGUCAUGAUUGCGGUUUCUGAUGAGAUCCCGUUCGAGCUGUUCUGGCCGAUGGUCAAGGAUGACAUUGUGGCGGCAGUGCGGGAGCUCUGCCCUCGCGGGGCGCCGGGCAUGGAGGAGGCGGUACAGCAGGGCGUGGUGAGGAACGGCAUGGGGCCCAUCGCCCAGAAGCUGACGCUCCAUGAGGCGGAGAAUUUGGCAACGCGCGUGGGCCACGUUGUGCAGACGGCUGUGACAGUGGACCAGGAGGCGUUGCAGGAGUGCCCAGGGACUGCAGGAAGCGGCGAUCCAGAGGCGCAGAAGGACAAGUCCAAAACCAGCGAGACAGAGCCUGGGGUCCUGGAGACCAUUCAGCUGACGAGCCGCGUCCAGUUCAGUCCCAAGGGCGACAACACCUGGAUGCCAGGCACUGUCGUUGGCCAGCAUGGCGAUCGCUUUAGCCUGGUGGACGAGAAGGGCGUGCUCUACGACCAGCUGCCGCGGGCCAGGAUCCGACAGCCGCAGGGCAAGAGGGACAGUAUGGGCGCAGGCGGCACGCCCAUGCAAGCCGUGCUGUCGCAGGCAGACCUCAUGCGCAUCCGGGAGCACCUCCGGCGACGGCAGGAGGAAUGGGCAGAACGCCACGCUCAGACCGGGAAUGGCGCGGCACCAAGAGCCAGCGAGGCACCAGCCGCCUCUGCCGGCAGCGAGCAGAGGACCCCUAGCAGCUCAAGGCCGACUUCCGCCGCGUUGCUGCACCGUUCCCGGGCAUCUUCUGCCUCCAUCGACGGCGCUGUGCGGCGAGGCAUCAGCAUGCUGAGCCGCGAGGGCUCUCUGAGCGAGGACCCCGCGCUGGAUGUGGUGCAGUUCAUGGAGGAUGAGGGCAUGGGCGAUGACUACGACGAUGAUGGGGACGGAGGGCCUGACGACGACGAGGAUGAGGAGGAUCUCCCAACCCUGGAGCCUCACGAGGACACGGCCCUGCCGCGACGAGGGGACUUCGAGGGCUCAAUGGAGGAGGAGCUGCGGAUGCUUGAGCAGCUCCGUGCCAUGGACUGCAGAUCAUUUCGGAGGUCUUGGACCCAGAGGGCCGGCGGGGGCGCGGGGAGGAGUUCGCGCCCAUGGCAAGUCUCCGAAUCCGCAUGGGCGGCAACGACCUGCGGGUGCCGGUCGACGCCUAUCAGAUCCGUCGCGGCGCAAGCAAAGGCGAGCCGCUGA